UAAUCCAUCCAAUCAAACUUUAUGAAGCAUCAAUGUUAAGCUUUUGUAGAGAAUAAGUGUGGAACGAGUAAGUUGAUCUUUAUUCGUUAGAAAGCCCAUGCAGUUUAUAAAAUGCUACACAAGAACAUGCAAUCAUCAUCAUUGUUUACAUCAAAUAACAAGUUAUUCUCUAUAAUACUAAAUCAAAAUGGGUGAUGACAACAAGGUAGGAAUUUGGGUCACCAUUGUCAUCAUUAGGGGUCUCAAAUUGUUCGCGGGAUGGUUGGUAUGCAUUGGGUCGUUCGUUGAGUCUUCCCUCAACCUUUGGUCGUACUAUGAUAGCUUCUACAUGCUCGUCUUGAAUACAUUGCGAGGGAAGAACGUGGAACUAAGUCGAGAAUCACCAAAUUUCUCGUCUCUGGUUGGCUUAACAGACACAAGAGUGGAGUUGGAUGAUGGAAUUCCUCGUGACGAUCCAAGAUACGUUAGCGCACUUGCGAUCAUGGCUGCGAAAACGGCAUAUGAGAAUAAAGCUCGUGUGGAGAAGAUAGUCGAGGAUCAUUGGAAGAUGGAAUACGUAGAUUUCUACAAUUGUUCAAACGCAUACGAGACAGAAUCAUCGGUCGAGAAUAAACACCCGACGCAAGCUUUUAUAUUUAUAGACAACAGUGGCGAUCAUGAUUUAAUCUCUGUGUCAUUUCGAGGAACAUCUUUGUUUAGCGCAGAUGAUUUGUGUACGGAUGUUGAUUUAUCAUGGUUCAUUCUUCCUGGCGUUGGUAAAGUCCACAUGGGUUUCAUGAAAGCCCUAGGGUUACAAAACAACGCCUCAUGGCCUAAAGAAAUUGAACAAGAUGAUGAGGAUGAUAGAACUUUUGCUUACUACAAAAUCAGGCAAGUUCUUCGAGAAAAACUGGUCGAAAAUGAGCACACGCGGUUUAUUGUCACCGGGCAUAGUUUAGGCGGGGCACUUGCGGUCUUGUUUCCAGCAAUAUUAGGGUUUCAUAACGAGUACGAGUUGCUAGAGAGACUUGAUGGUGUGUAUACAUUCGGGCAACCACGAGUUGGUGACGGUGACUUUUGUAAAUUCAUGGAAGAUUUGUUGGGUGAUGAGAGAUACUUUCGGUUUGUUUACUCGAAUGACAUUAUACCGAGAAUACCAUUUGAUGAUUCUAAUUUUCAGUACAAACAUUUUGGCCACUGUUAUUACUUUAAUAGUUUGUACAAAGGGCAGGUGACAAGUGAAGAACCAAACAAGAAUUACUUCGCGCUCUCAUCAAUGGGACAAAUGUACUUGAAUUCCGUUUUCGAACUGGUACGAAGUGUUGUCUUGCCAUUUACUUGCGGAAAGAAGUACAAGGAAGGCAUAGUUCAAUUCGGAGUUCGAUUGAUUGGACUAGGACUUCCUGGACUAUCGGCUCAUGGUCUUCAAGAUUAUGUUAAUCUUACUCGGCUCGGCUCUCCCGACCUAUUUUCUAAGUUGCAAGGAAAUUCUUGUAAAUCCAAAGAAAGCUAGAUUCUGUCUUGAUGGACUGGAAUGUGAUAAUUAUUAUAAAUAAUAAAUUGUAUUGAAAUAAUAAGGAUGAUUUGAUGGUGCCACUCGUCCAUAUCAUCCAUCAUUUGUCGCAUGCAACGUUACACUUGAAGUUGUUUUAAGCUAUGUAAUGUGUGGGUUUACUGAGUAAAUUGUAAAAAUCGUUCCUGAGGUUUGGUCAUGUUUUCAUUUUCAUCGAAAACAACUUUUUAAUAUCAUACAGUCCUUUAUUUUUGUGAUUUUUUGCCUUUUUCAUCUAAAUGUCUGAUUUUUUUUGGUCAAAAUCGUCUCUGAGAUUUGAGAUUUUUUGCCAUUUCAUCCAAAUGUUUGAUAUAAAAAAUAAAACAAAUUAGAUGUUUGGAUGAAAAUGACAAAAAAUUCCAAAAGUCAAGGAUUAUAUUGUACAAAAAAAAUUGUUUUGGAUGAAAAUGGCAAACAUGCCCAAACCUUAGGGAUAAUUUUAGCAAUUUACUCAAAAUGUUAUAUGUAAACGUUUAAUUUAUCAAUUGACUUUAAUAUUAUUUACAUUGGUUCAAGUGAAAA